CGCGCAGUAAAAUCUAUUUACAAAACAAGGAUUGUUGGCGAAAAAGGAAAAGCAGAACAAUAAAACAGCAAUAACUGUCGAAGGCAGAGAAUAUAAAGGCACGUUUCUUCUUCUUGCUUCAAUAGUCUUAACGUCAGUAUGUUUCGAAGCAAAUUAUCCAUUUUGGCAGUUGCCAUCUUGUUGGUUGCCUUGUUGAUUCCUAAAGGCUUAACUACUGAUGGGCAAGAUUCUACGAGUGAUGAGCCCGUCACAGAGAGUACAACCGUGGAUGGCAAUGCAGCCGAUGGAGGCAAUGCAACAAAUAGUGCAAAAGAUGCUGGGAAUGGUAGCUCUGGUGCUUCAAAUGAAAUCUGGCAGAAGUGGAACGAAACCGGUAUGGGUGAAGAAGAUCGAACAUGGCUCAUAAAAUAUUGUCCAAGGAAUUUGACAUCUAGUUUCGAAAAUUUUUGCAUCAUACAUUGUUGGUGGAACAAUUGGGAGGGUGGUUAUUGUACAAAGGAUGAUAUCUGCGUAUGUCUGUGGAAAGAUCUGAAAAUUGAUCUAAAUAGUACGGAUGAAAAAGUAUUAAAAUUAGCGGAUAAUAAAGAUAAAGAUAAAGAUUCUGUUGCUACCAACAGUACCAGCGAUCAAUCAAGUUCUGAAGAUCCUGCAAGUAGUGAUUCAAGUGAUGAGCCUGACACUACAUCUGAUAGUGAUACUACAACUGAGGAGGCAAAAAAGUAGAAGACUAAUUAUCUACCACUGGUAUUGGCCUAUGAUGCUUGCUUUCGAUAUUUUGACUUGGCUCUGGACUAUCAAGAUAUAAUGCACCUAUAUUAACACUAUCAAAUUAUAUUAAAAUGAUUGUUCAUUUCAAUCUAUAUAUAUAUUGGAUCAGUAUUUUUUUAAUCAUUUCAAUUUUAUGAUUUAUUGAAUGUAUAAAUGUUUUAUCAAUAUAUUAGUAUUUUUUGCAAUGGAA